AUGAACGACAAGGCUAUGAGUCAGAGCUAUGGGGAAGCUCAGGUGGCCUCAGGUCAUCGGACUAGUCCCCACCGCUUUGUCCGUGAAUAUGCACCUCAUACGGACUACGAUGCGUCCAGUCGAUACCUUAGACGGGGCCAACUCGGAAUGCGGAAAACCCAUCCCUGCACCCUGGAUACCGUUGCACCCCCCUACUCCAUCCAGUGGGGUCAUGCUUCCGACUUCCUACGACGUGGACUCAGCAAAGGAACACGUUGCCAACAUCUUCACCUUCGAACAUCACAACCUCCUCCUCGCCGGUCGAACCCUAACAUCCCCAAAACCAUCGUCACCACCCCGACCAUGAAAUCCGCUUCCGUGAUCGCCCCGGCCACACGCCGGGAACCCAUCCCAACCCGUCCCGAACGUUCCAGCCUCAUCUCCCUCAUCGAGCCCGCCUUCUCCCCCAUCCUCCGCUACCAGUACGUCUUCGGCCAAGCCACCUGCCUCCUCGUCAUGCAGGCCUACACCCUAGCCGUCCUGGGCAUCCUCGUCUCCAAGGACGUCCUCCUCGUCGUCAGGGACGUCGCCGCCUAUAACCUCGGCCUCGUCGUCAGGAACAUCGUGUACCUCGGCUGCCGCGCCCUGGUCAGCGUUGGGAAAACCAGGUUUGCACGGCGGCUCCGCAGGCGACUCGAAUUCGAGAUUGGUCUCACCAUUCUCGGCCCCAUGGCCAACGGCAUAUUUCUCUUCGUCCUCUGGCCCGGGUGGUGGGUCCUCGCUGCCGCCGCUCUGGUGGGUAAGAUCUUGGUCGGCUGA